GCUACCGAGACUAAAAAAGAAGUCACCGAUUUCAUCAAAUUCGUGAAUGAAUCUCCAUCACCGUAUCAUGCAGUUGAGGAAGCAAGAUUACGUUUGGUCGAAGCCGGAUAUGAAGAAAUUAAAGAACGCGAUUGUUGGAUUGGAAAAUUAAGAAAUAAUGGGAAAUAUUAUUUUACCAGAAACAAGAGUACUAUCGUUGCCUUUGCUGUCGGCGGUAAAUACGUUCCUGGAAACGGUGUUUCGAUCGUUGGAGCUCAUACUGAUUCUCCUUGUUUAAAGGUUAAGCCUAUUUCCAAGAAACAAAAUUAUGGUUAUUUACAACUUGGUGUUCAGGUUUACGGAGGAGGUCUAUGGCAUACUUGGUUUGAUCGUGAUCUGAGCAUUGCAGGAAGAGUAAUGGUUGAAACGAGUGAAAAUAAGUUCGAGCAUAAAUUGGUCAAGAUCGCAAGGCCAAUUCUUCGUGUUCCUACAUUGGCUAUUCACUUGGAUAGGGGCGUACACGAAGCAUUUAAAUUCAAUAACGAAACUCAUUUGAUUCCAUUGCUCGCAACAGUUACCAAAUCGUUGAUCGGAGACUCGGAUGAAGAAAAAAAUGAAAAGCAUCAUCCCAUCUUUCUCAAUCUACUUGCCGAAGAACUCGGAUGCAAUGCGAAUAAAAUUCAUGAUUUUGAACUGUGCCUUUAUGACACACAGCCCUCGACCAUUGGAGGUCUUUGCAAUGAAUUCAUUUUCUCUGCUCGCUUAGACAAUUUGAUGAUGUCAUUCACUGCCCUAACCGCAUUGAUAAACUGCACCAGAGAUACUUCGGAAACUUUGUGUAAUGAUUCAAAUAUUCGUCUGAUUUCUUUAUUUGACAAUGAAGAAGUUGGAAGUCAAAGUGCUUAUGGUGCUGGUUCAAGUCUGUUAGAGUCAACUUUGCGACGCUUAUGCUCUUCUAAGGUUGGUGCCGCGGGGAAUGUUGAGAUUUCACAGACGAUAUUUGAAGAAACCAUUCAUAAGAGUUUUUUGAUAAGCGCCGACAUGGCUCAUGCCGUUCACCCAAAUUAUUGUGAAAAGUAUGAAGAAAAUCAUCGUCCACAAAUGCAUGAGGGUGUAGUCCUCAAAAUAAACGCCAAUCAGAGGUAUGCAACUACAGCUACAACUUCUUUGGUACUAAGAGAAGCCGCGAAGAAAUAUAAUGUGCCGUUACAAGAAUUUGUUGUUAAAAAUGAUUCUCCUUGUGGUUCGACUAUUGGUCCCAUGAUGAGUUCUAACCUUGGAAUAAGGACAGUUGAUAUAGGGAAUCCUCAAUUAAGUAUGCAUUCUAUUAGAGAAAUUGCUGGAACCGACGAUGUUGAUCACGCUAUUAAGUUAUUACAGGGAUUCUUCGAAGAUUUUGCAAAGAUUGAUCAGAAUGUUAUCAUUGAUUAA